UUCGCUUUUGCUGCAGCGCUGAACAGGCAGCGCAACUAGUGUUCCCUCCCAUCCCGAGCAUCGCACCCUCUCCUUGCCUCUCUCCUCGCCAGCCACCAAUCCGCCUUCUCGCUGCUUCGUCUCCUCCAACGCCUUGUCUCCGGCCGCCGGCCUCCCGACCGCCCUACCUCACAACAACGUUUCCCGAGGAGCAACGCGAGCGAGGCCAGCAUACGGAAGGAGCGGAUCGAGGUCUUGCACGCUGGCUCCGUCAGCUGCUUCGCACCGUUCUGGAUUCGCGCCGUCGCAUGCGAUGGUUCUAGAUCAGCGCAGGUCAUCGCCGUGGAAUAUCAGGGGCGGCGAUUUCUUCACGUCGAGGGCUGGUGAGCUGGGGAGGGUCAGGAGGCUGACAGGGCGUGCAAAAGAGCAACAAGGUUGGCUGUGGGGGAGAGGCUACCUCGGAGCUUCAGGCUGCGCACGCGUCAGGAGUUUGGCGAUGGGGGAGCAGCUGCUCGGAGCUCGGCUGUGCACACCUCGUGGGAUCUGGUCUCACCAGGCACUCGAUGUCGGCCACUCAGCCUCAUCGGCAUCCCGAGGUGACACAACGACGGCCGGCGCUCGACACCAUCUUUCGCGACUCGACGACAGCCGGCUCAUAUAGCGGUACAGCGGACGGCGACCUCAGCGGGUGGGUGACGAUGACUGCAGCUGGUGCACGAGCUCUCACUCGGCUCCUCGUCUCAGGGUCCAGACUGAUAGUUGGAUGCUCUGUGCUAGCGUAUGGAAGUGCUGCAACCACUUCUGUUUCGGCUGUGAGUUCACUGGAGGAGAGAGAGUCUGGCUUGCGAGUUUCGCCGAUGCGGCCACGGCGGGGAUGCCAAACUCCGUGGAGAUGCCAAAGAUGUACUGGGAGGUGGUGCUUCCUGGAAUCCCAAUGCCUCCACCUAUCAUCAACCUGCUGUUAGCCCAACAAAACGAUAUCUCUCUCUCUCUCUCUCCCUCGCUCUCUCCCUUCCCACCUUGGUGACCUCAUUUAAGUGCUUUUGAUAAUUGGUGGUACAACUUUCCCUCUUUGAUACCAACAAAUACUUUAUAACGACUCUUAGUUUGCAAUCCAUUAUGAAACAUAAAUGAAGAUAAUAGAUGUGAAUCUUUUGUUCUAACGAUUGAUAAAUAUUAAAUUAAAGUAUAGAGACUAUUGCAUAUACAAUAUGUACCAUAAAGGAUAAGUUAACCUUUUCUCUACCACAUGAACUGAGAACUUACAAGCUAAUUUGAUAAGAAGCAUAGUACUUGUAUCAUUCGGAAAAUGGCCCUUCUGUAUUCCAUUUUCAGGGAUAGUCCUGUUGUGCUUUGUUUUAUCUAAAACUACAGGGUUCUUGUGCAGUUCAGAUGUUCUGGGAUUAGUAAGAGUUUUACUAUAUCUGAACUUCUGAAAUUAGUACGAGUCUGACAGCCUUGCAACCAAACCAAAACUAAAACUGCAGGGAUCUUGUGACAGCCUUGCAACCAAAACUAGAGAUCUUGUGGAGUUCAAAGCUAGCUGCCAUUUGUUGGAAUAUCAGUUAUCUUAUUUGUGCACGAUUAACCUGCUUAUCAUGAAAAAGUAGAAUCUUUUAGGAUGGACCAUCAAGUUGGUUGGCAUUUGUUUAGAUCUUUAUGAGAAGCAGCUCCUCUCAGUUGGACUUUUCUUUUUUAUUCAUCUUGGUAAUAUGAGAAUAUAGUUCUUAGUUAGAUAUCAGUUACACAAUUAGAACACCAUGAAUUCACUGUUUUUAUAGGACCUUGCUGCUCUGAAUCAGUGUAAUAAACUUGGUGUACAAAAUACAUGUAGAUUUUGUUUUAUUCAUCAAAUAACACAUCCAGAAUCCUUGUUAACAUUGACCCUGCUGAUGCGAAUCAAUGUAAUAAUCUCCUUUAUGAUUCUAUCUACCCAUAUGAUCAACUCAAUUGAAUUAAUUUUCAUAUUCUAGACGUUCUGUUUUAUUGGUUGUGGUUCUGAAUAAUUUUGGCUGGUCGUUGGAGCAGAAGCAAUGAAGCUUGAAGUUUAGAAGUUUGGGGGAUGGCAACAAUACUGCUCUUUACACUGCCUGUCAUUGUUAUUUCAUGUUUCUGAAUUUAAGUACCGAGAACUAAGUGUCGCGUGUUGUCAAACUUUAAUGUUAUGUCCUGUCUUGAGAGUUUGAUUUGGGCGAGUGUGUACUAAACUACUGUUGGAUGCUAUGUUUGAGUCAAGAUAUGCUUAUGUGUGAUCGGUGUUAAAUUUGUAACAUAUUGUUAUAUUUGUCA